CGUCCCCCUUUUUUUGAAUAACAUAAUUGUGCAGAUGAGAGCGUUUCAGUGAGUAUUAGUGAAGCUGAGGAGGACGGAUCCUUAGCAGCGCUCGGUGAAAAGUCUAAAGGUCAGCAUGAAGAGUGUGUGUGUCGCAGUGGGACUGCUGCUGCUGUCGCUCCAGCUCUGCACCAGCAUGCCCAACGGGCCAAACGCCAUGGCGCCCACAUUGUGCUGCUUCAAAUUCUUCCCAGCGAGGAUCCCUCUGACGCACAUCAAGGCCAUCGUCAAAACUCACAGCUCUUGUUUGAAAAAGGCAUUUGUGGUCACCACUCCCAAAAGGAAGAUCUGCGUGAGUCAGGCGGAGAAGUGGGCUCAGCAGAUAUACGCAGAAGCCAACAUGUAGGAGCCGCUUCUGCUUCUCCAGCUGGAGCCAUGACGAGCAGAAGGAAAUCAUCCUUCAGACGUCAGAGGAACCAGAGAGGAAACGUGUAUUCUCACUUCAUGUCUUGUUUUCCAUUUUCUGGCUUUAAAGGAAAGCAGUCUGAGCUUUCAGGGUUUGCUCAUGCCUCUUCUUUUUUCCAGCAGAUUAUUGUGUCACAAUCUGAUAUAGCGAGGCCCAAGUCCUUCCAUCUAACUUUAAAAGCUCGAUGGGCUUUUAGUGUGAUGAUCCUGCUGCAGAGCAAAUCCUUCUGAAUCUUUACAUUUAUAUCGUGAUCGUAACUGAUCGAUUUCUGAUUUUGUCUGACUUUUGAAACCUGCUUUGUUGACAUUUAGAAGCCACACAUGGUUCCUGCAGACUCUUGCUUGGUUUUCCUGAUUGUUAUUACACAUAAAAAGAAUAAAAAGAAUUAACAUCUAA